GUCCCUUUUGUCUUGGCCAAUCUCCCUUAGUGGCUCACUGCCAUCAUCUCCUUGGGAGAAGAAGAAGAAGGAAGGUUUGGAACGCAAUAUUUCUUGGCGACUAAUCAUUGGAAAGCGAUGCGAUCGUGCAGCAGUGCAAUUUGCGUGCACUGUAGGAAGGACAAAACGGCCGGACAGGCCACACGACGCAAACACCAGGUGUCACCUUGUGAAAAUUCAAGAUCCAUUGUAAAGAAUCUCCUCCUAGCGGUACUCAGUCUCCAAAUUUGCCUGCUGAUAUCCUUCGCCUAUGGCGUUGGCCGUAUUCCAAUAAGGAUAUUUCCAAAGAAAAUCAACGUACUCAAGCCAGUCAAGCCUGUCGUUACAGGGUAUGCCGUUCACACGAGUGCAUGUCAAAUACCAGACUUUGAUCCACUUGACAUGUCCAUAGCCCAUUUUUACAGCACAAGCCAAUACUACAACUGUUCCAAAUACCCCGACCCUUCGUUUAUUGAACAAGAGGGAAGAACGCUUUCUAUCAACGCUGAUAUUUUGAGAAAUUUUUACAAUAGUACUCCCGAGAAGGUACGCUGUAGCUAUCAGUACUUCAGAAUGAAUAAUUCCAUACAUCAGGCCGACUUCAUCGCCUUUGGUUACAAUAAGCCUACAUUACACUUCGGAAGACCAUUAGUCCACGAAUAUAUCAAGGUGCAAUGCCAAUUGGAAAGGAACAAGACGUACAAGGAAUUUUUUAUGAUUCCACUACUAAAGUCGUCCGUGGAGCAGCGCUGCAGGAAGAGAUUGAGGCGGACAAUACAGGGCAACGAUGUUAGCUUAAGUAUCCUAUUCCUCGGCGUGGACAGCGUUUCGCGGCUGAAUUCAAUGCGCCAGCUACGGUUUUCCAGGGAAUAUCUAUUCAAGAACUUCCAACCAGUAGAACUGUUUGGGUACACGAAGGUGGGAGACAGUUCUUUCCCUAACCGAUUCGCAAUGCUAGCCGGCGAGGUAUUUCCGGAGACCUCAGACAUUUGCAUAAAAGGUCUCUUUAAUAACGUGAGUUGGGUGUGGGAUAUGUAUUCGGAUCUUGGCUACAGGACACUAUUCUUAGAAGAGGACCCUCAUGGUGGACUAUUCACCUAUCGAUGCGAGGGAUUCCAGAGACAACCGACCGACUACUACCCCAGGCCGUUCAUGCUUGGAAUAGCGCUUGGAGGACCCCCUUACGACAGACCUUGUUUGGGGCAACGGAUUGAGACAGACUUGUACCUUAGCUACGUUUCAUCGCUGCUAGCUCUUUUUAAAAAUCGACCGUCGUUCAGUUUCACGUGGACAAGCGUUCUUUCACACGACUACUUCAACCAUGCUGGAUACACCGAUAUCUCACUUCGGCAGACGUUCGAAGCGCUCACGAAAUCGGGCGUGAUGAACAAGACACUACUAAUAUUCCUCUCCGACCACGGCCUGCGCUAUGGCAAGACUCGUAGGACCAUAAUGGGACAUUAUGAGGACCGUCUACCGUUCUGCCUUCUCAUGUUUCCACCGGCUUUCCGUGCAAGAUAUCCCGAACUUAUGAGGAACCUGGAAUUAAACCAACACAGGCUAACAACGGCAUUUGACAUUCAUGCCACGGUUGUGGAGCUGGCACAUCUUUCACGAACCAGCAAGAACAGGGAGUUCCGAACGGAGCACGGGUUGAGCUUGCUUCACGAAAUCCCUGAGAACAGGACCUGCGAGGAGGCAUCAAUAGAUCCUUAUUACUGCUGCUGCCACGAGCCGGAGGAAGGUGACGUAAAGGAGAGUGUAAAUGUAAUCAUAGCGAAAUUCAUCGUAUAUACCAUUAACGAAUGGUUGAGAAGAGACGCUCCUGGAAUGUGCAGAAACCAUAGCUUGAAAGAAGUCACCAACGUGCGAAAAAACUCUGUAUUGACGAACAAAGGUAAUAAGUAUUAUUGGAUUACGAUCGUAACGGACCCUGGGCAAGCAAUUUUGGAAGGUUCUGUAAGCGUUUCAAGAGAAGGCAAUAUGACUUUGGAGAAGCUUGCACGAUUAGACAUGUACAGGAAUCAGUCGUAUUGUUUGAGUUCAACGUCUGUGGAGCGCUAUUGUAUAUGUAUAUGAGAAAGUGAGAAAGAACUUUCAUCAAGAGAAAUAUCUGUUUGAAUAAAUACCCGAACUCCAGAGGCUAA